UGACGUAUAUUGAGAUCUUGAAAAUAUCAGACAGCUGACUUGCUUCUAGAAAAGGAGAUUACGUACGUAGCCCCUCGGCAGGUCGGUGGACUGGUAUCGCUGAGGUGUCACCGUGUUACUUCGUCGCUCCACGUGUCAUCAUAUUAUUUGAUGAGCCGAAAUUGUACGUCCCUCAUCACUUCGAGGUCUCACUCUCAUAAAACCAGUGGUUGUUUGUCGCCGGCGCCGAGAACGGAGAAGUCAUUAGCAAGUAGUCUCGUCUCGUCACUCGUGUGUUGUGAGUAAAAGUGAGCCACUCUAACUAUAACCGCAUAACCAGAACAGUUAAUAGAACGUGUGUUCCCUAGGGGAGAAGUUGGUUGUUAAUGGAAGGAAUGUAUCUCUAUCACCAUUUAUUCAGAAUCCGAAGCUUCUUGGUAACUCACUGCCUAUACCUAUAACAAAGGAAGAGCAACCUUUGGAAAUUGGAGUUUCUUCCCCAAAUUAAUAGACCACAUCUCAACGCAAGUCGCAGCUUUUCUGUCACAGACUCACAAUCUAAUAAAAGACCUCUCUCUCUCUCUCAUGCAAUUCUCUGGAUGUUGAGAAGCAUAAAAAAUGAAACCCAUUACAGUUACAGCUUUUUGUUGCAUUCUGGUGUUCAUGGUGCAAGAAGCUACUUCGUCGUCCAUCCUAGGCCAUCGGUCGUUGAAAGUAUACCAGGCUCGGUUUGAAGCAACGGCAGCCGCUGGUGGAUCAACAGGGGCUGUGAAUGUUUCUGCUUGCACUGAUCCCAUCAGUUGUGUGAAGAAGAAUGGGAGAGUAUUCUAUCCCAUUGGAUAUGGUGCUGACCCAACAGGAGCGCAAGAUAGCAGUGAUGCCAUACUGGCUGCCCUGGAUGAUGCUUUUCGAGUGCAAAAUGGAUUGGUUUUGCUUCCUGGAGUGAAUGAUUUGGGUGGUGUAUUGAUUGAUUUGCAAGGUGGAAACUAUAAGAUCAGCAAACCCAUACGCUUUCCUGCUCAGGGUGGAGGCAAUGUUGUGGUGCAAGGAGGGACAUUGCGAGCAUCAGAUACUUUCCCAGGUGACAAGCAUCUCAUAGAAUUAUGGUCAACCAUGGCCGAUCAGAAAUCAGCCCAAAACAAUGUAGGGAUCUACUAUGAAGACAUCACCUUCCGAGACCUGCUCCUGGAUUCAAACUAUCGAGGGGGUGGAAUUUAUGUCGUGGAUUCUGCAAGGAUCCGCAUCAACAAUUGCUUCAUCAUCCACUUCACAACCGAAGGUAUCCUUGUGCAGAGGGGCCAUGAGACCUUCAUCUCAGGCUCCUUCCUUGGGCAACACCUAACAAUCGGUGGAGACAAAGGUGAGAGAUGGUUUUCAGGGACAGCAAUUGAUCUUGCUAGCAAUGACAAUGCAGUCACUGACGUCGCCAUCUUCUCGGCCGGAGUCGGCGUCGUCCUACGCGGUCAGGCCAACAUCCUCACUGGGGUACAUUGUUACAACAAGGCUACAUAUUUUGGUGGAAUAGGAAUACAAGUGAAACUGGGUGGCUUGUCACAGACUAGGAUAGAUAAUUGCUACUUGGACUACACUGCAAUAGUGAUGGAAGACCCAGUUCAAGUCCAUGUCAGUAAUGCAUUUUUCUUAGGCGAUGCCAACAUUGUUCUGAAGUCCAUUAGAGGACAGAUCUCAGGACUGAACAUUGUGGACAACAUGUUCUCUGGAGAUCCAAACCAUAUGAACCCAAUUGUGCAAUUGGAUGGGCAAUUCACAGAUGUUGAUCAAGUUGUGAUCGAUCGGAACAAUGUCAAUGGAAUGGCACUGAAGUCGACAGUGGGUAAACUAACAGUAGCUGGAAAUGGGACCAAAUGGGUGGCUGAUUUCUCAUCGUUGCUGGUGUUUCCAAAUAGGAUAUGUAACCUACAGUACUCGUUUUACAGUCGAGGAGGAUCAGUUUUCUCAGCUCAUGCAGUCACAAAUGUGUCCAACAAUAUCGUGGUUGUGGAGAGCGACAAAGCUGUUGAUGGGGUGGUUUCCAUGGUUGUUGAUCAAGAUCUAAGAAGAGGUGAGAGGAGCUUUCUGAUGUAAAAUAUGUGUUAAAUGAAAUAUUUGCUGGUUUUUUUGUGGGGGAAAUCUGGGUUCUGUGUCUCGAUUUUGUAUACAUGAC